AUGGCGAUGGAAAGUGGAAGCAGCAUCAUCAACAACAACCCAGAUGAAUUCGCCGUGGGUUGUUUCCUCUCGAUCAGGACAACGUUAGGCGAUGAAUUUGAAGGCCAAGUUGUUACCUUUGAUCGAGCAACCAACUUCCUCGGACUCCUAGAAGGUCAAGGUCAUUACCCACUUCCCAUUGAUUCUCAUAUUGACCUUCAUACUCUUCAAUCGAGGGAACUACUUGCUAUUAGACAAGCAGAGGCAGAAGCUGAGAGGAUUGGGGUUGGUGUUUCUAGUGAGGCACAGAUUAUCUUUGAUGCUUUAUCUAAAACGCUUCCGGUUCAUUGGGACAAGACCGUCAUAGUUGUAAUGAAUGAGGUUCGUGUCAGCAGUCCUUAUCACUCUGAAUGUGUGAUUGGCGGUACUCCUGCUGCAAACGACCGAGUGAAGAAAGUGCUUGAGUUCGAGAGAAAGAGGCUGCAACUUCGUGGUUAUGGUUUCAAUUUUCAACAGAUGAUUCACCUCCCACAGGUUAUGCUUUGUAUGAGGAAUGAUAUGAUCAAUGCCUAA